GGUGAGUCAGAAACUACCAUGUUAUACUCAUUCAUCAAAACUUCAAAACUUCACCAUUGGCUCAGUCAACCUGACUGUUUGCCAGCUAUUCAAGAGUGCAAAUUUCUGUUUGACAGCACAUAUGCUCCCAAGAGUGCUGGAACUCUUGGUGAAGAACUUGCUGAAGAUCCUUUGGAUGACAGUUUACAGGCUCCUUCCUCUGCUGUAGCUGGUGACUGGUUAUCAUCUCCUGUCCCCAGCAGUAUCCAACAUAUCUAUGCUACACCCACAGGUGAACUAGUGUUUGCUGUCCACAAGCUCCUCCCACAUCACAAUCAGUCCAUUGAUCCAUUUGCUAUGUAUCCUCAUUUUCCCACCAAAAUGUACUUGUCAAGCUCAAGUAGUCAUUUGGAAAAUGUCAAGGUAUCCUGGGUUGUUAGUCACUUUGCUCGAUGGGCAGUUUCGAGUGAUACUGUAGUCAUACUAUCUCUAUCUCGU